GGGUACUUUAGUUUCUGGCAAGGCCAAGGACUUUUGUUCAAGGAAACCUUCCGAAUUCCAUGGUUUACAGAAAUUUUGAGCAGUAUCCCAAUGCAAGCAAUGUUCCUGGAAUUCUCAUACUUGAGAUUGAUGCUCCCAUUUACUUUGCAAAUACUACCAACUACUUUAGAGAAAGGAUUACAAGGUGGAUAAAUGAUGAGGAAGACAGGAUCAAAUCUGCAGGGGAAAGUAGCUUGCAAUAUGUGAUAUUGGAUAUGACUGCUGUUGGUAACAUAGACACAAGUGGGAUAAGCAUGUUUGAAGAGGUCAAAAAGCUUGUUGACAGAAGGGAGCUCCAGCUUGUACUGGCGAACCCGGGAAGCGAGGUGAUGAAGAAGAUGAACAAGGCAGAGUUGAUUGAGAAAACAUGUCAAGGAUGGAUUUAUCUCAUAGUGGCAGAGGCUGUUGCAGCAUGCAACUUCAUUUCAGAGCCUGCCAACAUAUACAAAUUCAUUUGAAGAAAUCAGUGUAAUAUAUUUUUUUUCAAUACAGAGCCUAAUUUCAAAAAAAUA